AUGCCUAUGGAGAAAGACCUAACUACACGCGUAGCGGCUGCAUAUGAUGCGGCAUGCUCCGAUACCCGAGAUCCUGUUCGUGGCGAAGGAGGGGGAUUCUUGGUAAAUGAUUCAUUGGCUGGUGGAUUUGUGCCUGAUGCGGACCUUUAUCAGGAGGAAGGUAUUUCGCAAGGCAUGAAAGUAUCUGCUUUGCCCAGAGCUUUAGAAUCCCUUGGAUUGGAUUCUUCUCAACGACAAGAUGUUUGUGAGCUGCUUGAGGCAAAUGCAGUUCAUGGUACUUAUGACAAUGAGCCAAGUAUACCAAAAGCGUAUUUCAUCGAGGCUGUGCAAACGGUUAUGGAAGGUGUGCGCCGAUCAAAGCGUCGACGGACUAAUCGUCAAGCUACCAAUGAGUUGCACGACUCGGAAUCCUACAGUGAUGAUGAGUAUGAUCCGUCUAAUGACGAAUAUACAUCUUUCAGCGAAGAAGACGCGCCAAACACAGAUACAAAAACCAAGCUAACCAAAACUAAACGCGAGCAGGCUCGAUUUUUGUACCGACUGCUCCUUGAGCGUAUUCCACUCGUUGCUCCCACUAUGUUAUCCACGCUACCAAAUACUGGAAUUCGCACUGAUGUAACAGAAGAAGAAGUGGAUACAAGGUGUAUCGGAAUCGACGAACUUCGAUAUGCGGCGCGCAACUUGGGCGAGACGCCAAGUACAACAGAGCUCGCUGAAAUGCUACAUGAAGCGAUAUCACUUUCCUCAGGCACCAAAGCACGCACGAAUACCCAAGCGCCUCGGAUUGGGCUGCACGAGUUCAUGCAUAUCACGUGGAGGUUGGGGUCGUUGGCCUAA